GGAGGCGCGGGCCCGCUCUCGGGUGCCCGGCCGGGAGUCUGGCCGCGGGUGCCGCGCGGCGUCUGAAUUUAGCCCGGGGACGCCAUGGCCAGCGUCCACGAGAGCUUAUACUUCAACCCCAUGAUGACCAAUGGGGUGGUCCACGCCAACGUGUUCGGCAUCAAGGACUGGGUGACGCCCUACAAGAUCGCGGUGUUGGUGCUGCUGAACGAGAUGGGCCGCACCGGGGAGGGGGCUGUCGGCCUCGUGGAACGCCGGCGGCUCAACCAGCUGCUCCUGCCGCUGCUGCAGGGCCCAGAUAUUACAUUGUCGAAACUAUACAAACUUAUUGAAGAAUCUUGUCCGCAGCUGGCAAAUUCAGUACAGAUCAGAAUCAAACUGAUGGCUGAAGGCGAAUUGAAGGAUAUGGAACAGUUUUUUGAUGACCUUUCGGAUUCUUUCUCUGGAACUGAGCCGGAGGUUCACAAGACGAGUGUCGUAGGCUUGUUCCUGCGUCACAUGAUCUUGGCCUACAGCAAGCUGUCUUUCAGUCAGGUGUUCAAGCUCUACACCGCCCUGCAGCGCUACUUCCAGAGCGGAGAGAAAAAGAGCGCGGAAGAGGCUGAGAUGGAACUGGCGGGCAGAGAGGGGGAGAGGAAGAUGGAGAAGGAGGAGCUGGACGUGUCCGUCAGAGAAGAGGAAGUGUCUUGCAGUGGGCCUCUCUCCCAGAAACAAGCCGAGUUUUUCCUUUCACAACAGGCGUCGUUGUUAAAGAAUGAUGAGACUAAAGCCCUCACGCCAGCUUCUCUGCAGAAAGAACUGAACAACUUGCUGAAAUUCAAUCCCGAUUUUGCCGAAGCGCAUUACCUCAGCUACUUGAACAACCUCCGGGUCCAGGAUGUUUUCAGCUCGACGCACAGCCUGCUGCAUUAUUUCGACCGCCUGAUUCUCACCGGAGCUGAGAGCAAAAGUAACGGGGAGGAAGGCUACGGGCGCAGCCUGCGAUACGCCGCACUCAACCUGGCCGCCCUGCACUGCCGCUUCGGCCACUAUCAGCAGGCAGAGCUGGCCCUGCAGGAGGCCAUCAGGAUUGCCCAGGAGUCCAACGACCACGUGUGUCUGCAGCACUGCUUGAGCUGGCUGUAUGUGCUGGGGCAGAAGAGAUCUGACAGCUAUGUCUUGCUCGAACAUUCCGUGAAGAAAGCAGUGCACUUCGGGUUACCGUACCUGGCCUCCCUGGGGAUCCAGUCGCUGGUGCAGCAGAGGGCAUUUGCUGGGAAGACGGCGCACAAGCUCAUGGAUGCCCUCAAGGACUCGGAUCUCCUGCACUGGAAGCACAGCCUCUCGGAGCUCAUUGACAUCAGCAUCGCUCAGAAAACGGCCAUCUGGAGGCUCUACGGGCGCAGCACCAUGGCCCUGCAGCAAGCCCAGAUGCUGCUGAGCAUGAACAGCCUGGAGUCGGUGAGCGCAGGCGUGCAGCAGAACAACACCGAGUCCUUCGCCGUGGCGCUCUGCCACCUCGCCGAACUGCAUGCGGAGCAGGGCUGUUUCGCUGCCGCUUCAGAGGUCCUCAAGCACUUAAAGGGGCGAUUCCCACCCAACAGCCAGCAUGCCCAGCUCUGGAUGCUGUGUGAUCAGAAGAUACAGUUUGACAGAGCCAUGAAUGAUGGCAAAUACCACUUGGCCGACUCACUCGUUGCAGGAAUUACGGCUCUGAAUAGCACCGACGGCGUAUACAGGAAAACAGUCACGCUGCAAGCUCAGAACCGAAUGUCCGAGGCACACCGGCUCUUACAGAGCCUGCUGGUCCACUGCGAGAAAACCAGGAACACGGAAAUGGUGAUCAGUGUCCUGCUGUCCAUGGCAGAGCUGUACUGGAGGUCCUCGUCCCCUACCAUGGCGCUGCCUGUGCUCCUGCAGGCGUUGGCCCUCUCCAAGGAGUACCGCUUGCAGUACUUGGCCUCCGAGACGGUGCUCAACUUGGCGUUUGCCCAGCUCAUCCUGGGGAUCCCAGAACAGGCCCUGAGUCUUCUCCACAUGGCUAUUGAGCCUAUCCUGGCUGACGGGGCUGUCUUGGACAAAGGCCGGGCCAUGUUCUUAGUGGCCAAGUGCCAGGUGGCGUCAGCAGCUUCCUAUGACCCAGCAAAGAAAGUCGAAGCUCUGGAGGCCGCCAUUGAGAACCUCAGCGAAGCCAAGAGCUAUUUUGCAAAGGUGGACUGCAAGGAGCAGAUGAGAGAUGUCGUUUACUUCCAGGCCAGGCUCUACCACACCCUGGGCAAGACCCAGGAGAGGAACCGCUGUGCCAUGCUCUUCCGGCAGCUGCAUCAGGAGCUGCCUUCGCACGGGGUGCCCCUGAUCAAUCACCUCUAGCCUCAGCACACACAUCCCCUCCCCUGGGCCACCAGGCCCAGGCCAAGGUGUGCGCCUCUCACACCCCUUCCUCCAGGAGACUUUUGUAUUUGAUAUCUUGUCAAUAAACUGAAUUUUGAUGCG